CUGUUCCCAGUUUCUCACUGAUUCUCUAGUCUUCCUCACAAGGCUGGCCUCCCCUUCCCUCCCUCCCUCCCGGCCAUAGAAACAGGAAACAGGAAACAGGAAACAGGAGGAGGCAUCGUGCUACCUGGAGGCCUGAGCUUUGGUAGUGCGUGAGAGUGAGAGUGAGAGUGAGAGUGAGAGGCAGCACUGGUGGCUGGCCUUCUUGAUCGGUUGAUGCUCACCGUCAGGGAGGCACGAGCGUCUCCCUCUCCCGGGAGCGUCUCCGGUGAGGUCCCCCACCUCCUCCUCCGGGAAAUGCGGCGGGGCAGCCAGAGAUGACGCCUUCUUCUUCUUGACCUGCUUGCUACCUGCUACUACCAAGGGAGCAGCCUCCUGCAUUUCCGGAUUCCCUUGUGGCCUCCUCUGCUUGCUACCCCUCUCUUGAGGCCGCAACGGCAAGAGGGGAAGGGGAGUCGGAGGAUGCCGGCCAAGUACUUGGGGGCGUUGGCGGAGGACAGGCGCCCGGAUUUCCACCGUCAGGUGGGUUGCGUCACCGGGAUCUUGCAGGCCUUCGACCGCCGCCACCCGCUCGCCUCCUCCCACAAGAGGCUCCUUCCCCCAGCAGCACUGAGAAUCAUUUCACUUCCUGCAGCAGACCAUGCGCUGUCCAGCAGCCCAAGUGUAGGGGGAGACUGCACACGAUUUUCACCCCAGAUUGUCCUUGAGAAGAACUCGAGCAAAACUUGGGCUGAAAACCAGAGAGCACCAGCAGCAGAAAUGUCGCAGACCUCAUAUUCAUCAUCACCAUCUUCGUCAUUCUCCUCCCUUGAUGGAAACAAGUCAACUCAACAGGAUCUCUCGUCUACUGACCGAAUGCUAUUUCCAGAGAGGUCUUUCAAGUGCUCGCCGAUGCUCAAGAGCUCUUUUGACAGUGAGAAUGGACUCGACUACCCUGAUGAUGUGCUUAUCAAGCCCGAUAAUAUGACCGCAGCUCAAUCCAGCCUGCCAACUCUCGGUAUAAAAAAUCUUGUGAAGGAUUCAAUCUACAAGGAUAGCCGUGACCUGUCAGUUAGAGUUUGCAACGGGGAUGAAGUAAAAGAUCACCCAUUCAACUUUGGAGAUCCACCCAGGCAAUUGGAUGGGCCUCCCCGCAACAAUAUACAAGGAAAAAGCAAGGGUCUCAUGGACAUCAACGAAUCACUUCGUGUGCUAGCCAAGCUCAGGGAAGCCUCUUGGACUCCAUCUGAAUCAGGCCAUCAUGCAAGACUUUCAUGUGAUGCUCCUCGGUUCUCAUACGAUGGGAAGGAGGCAGCAUCAAGAAUGAGGGAGGUACCAAGGUUGUCACUGGACAUCAAGGAAGGUCACCUUUUGAAUCGUGAAGUGAACUCUAGAUUGAAGCCAAUCUUGAGUUCUUCAGACAGAAGCAGCAGCAAUAGUACUGGGUCCAAUGCAGCCCUGGAGACUCAGCAGGAACAGCCUGCCUGCAAGCGUCUUCCUAGUGUUGUUGCAAAGCUCAUGGGAUUGGAAGAGUUGCCUGAGCAUAAUGAAAGUACAGCAUCAUCACAGGCAUGCAAAGCAGUCAAAGAGAGCAAGCAAGAGACCACGCUGAAUCCUUUGAGCAUCUCAUCCCACAACGAGUCCGCUCCUCGACAACAAAGGAACCAGGAUUCAACAAUAAGAAAUUUAUCCAACUCUAAGUUUCCUGUUGAAACUGCACCGUGGAAGCAACAAGAUAGAAUUGUCCUACCUCGAAAACUACCAAAGGGAUCAAAAGGAGCCCAUGGAAGAGAACCUGCUGCAUCAAUCUUCAGCGACAUAGAGAAGCGGCUCAAGGACCUUGAUUUUCAGCAUUCGAACAAGGACCUUAGAGCGCUUAAACAGAUCUUGGAUUCUAUGCAAGCAAAAGGACUGUUGGAAAACAAGAAACGGGAGGAAGCAUCCAUGUCAAAGCUAUAUGAUGGAAACCAUGAUAACCAAGAGAUCGUCAAUCUGGAUGCGAGAAUGAACAGUAACACCAACUCCAUAUGGGUGCCUGAAGAGAGCAAUGCAGAAACCUCUUUCAAAUCGCCUAUUGUGAUCAUGAAGCCUACGAAAUCUGCAAACCUUUUCAGUGAAGUGGAUUCUUCUGUCAUUCCAUUGGGGGUUCCAUCUGAUCUUCCACAUCUGCAAACAGGCAAUAGCACUGAUAAAAGGAAAGCUUCAAUGAUCAAUAGGACAGCUAAAGAGCAGCAUGCGAAAUGGAGUCCUAGAGUCCCUACUUCUCAACCCCUUGUUUCUUAUGAUAGGAAAUCAAAUGGAAGGAAUGAAGAUAGCAGCAACAAGCAAAAAUCUAGUUCACUGCUGGUUACUGAGAGCUCAUCCAGAAGACAGCAGCUGCCAAGAGACAGUAGCAUAAAUUCGCAAAAGAACAAAAAAUCCACUAGCCCAAGAUUAAUUCAGAGAAAACUUGAUUCAGAGUGGAGGGCUAGACCGCCUAUUUCUUCUGCUGAGUCAAACAAAAGCCAAAGGCAAUCUGGAGAUAGGAAUAAUUUGGACACCGUGUCACCCCGAAGCAAAUUCAGAAGGAAACCUGUGCGUGCACAAGAAGGUAAUGAUGGCAUGCCCUGUGGACUGAAUAAUAGGACAAGGAGCCUGAAUCAGCAAGGCAAUGAUGUGUCCACAAGGUCAGAUGACAGUAUGUGUGUUGCUUCAGAGGUGGAUAUAGAAGUUAUAAGCAAUGACAGGUCUACAGAAGUGAAUGUUUCUAACUUCGAGCAAGGCAAUGGAACUCCAUCAGGAAGGAAUCCUCAAAAAGUGAAAACCUCAUAUGAUGCAAGCAAGGAUGUAUCAUCUGUAGACCCUUCCACUGCUAUCUCUGAACGGCCAAGUCCAGUUUCUGUGUUGGACUCUUCGUUUGAUCAGGAGGAAUUAUUUCCUACCAGCGGGACUUCAAAUUCACUUACUGCUGAUGAUGAGCGCCACACAUCAGAGGAACCCUGGAAACCUUCUGAUACAAAGCCAAGAGAGGCUGCUAUGCAAUCCAAGAACAAUAAGCUUGCUAAUGUUGCUAGCUUGCUUGAGAAGCUCCAGCAGCUUAGCGUUAACAAGGAUGAGGAUGCCCCACCAGUUGACCACAUUGCUUUCUUGUGUGAGACAGAAAGCCCAGAGCACCGUUACGUGUCUGAGAUACUACUGGCCUCAGGCCUUCUGAUGAAAGACCUAGGGUCAGCACAGUCAGGUCUCCAGCUCCACUCUUCUGGCUACCCAAUCAACCCUGACCUGUUCCACGUGUUGGAGCAAAGAAAGGCAGGAUGGGUCAGUAAACCUGAUGCUAUCCAUCCGAGCAGAAGCGGUGCGAAGUCUGAUCCGAAGAGAGCACAUCGGAAGCUGAUGUUCGACACUGUGAAUGAGCUUCUCCUUCAGAAGUUUGAGCAGGAAACUGCAGUUUAUUCAGUCAGCUCAUUCACCAGAGCGAAGGAUCUAACUACAAAAACUCUUAGUGGACAGCAAUUGGUGAAAUUCAUAUCUUCAGGAAUCAAAGACCUGGAGAUGGAGCAAUCACGUAUCUGCCAGAAGGAAGGCAGCGUGAUACCUGAUGCAGAGAUUCUGCAGAGGCUGCAGGGAUGGACGAGCUUCCACAGGGAGCUCCCGGGGAUGGUGCUGGAGAUCGAGAGGUCGCUAUUUAAGGAGCUAGUCGACGAGGUGGUGCAUGGUGAGUCUGCUGACAGCCCACAGAUGAAGGUAGCAGGCAGGCGGAGAAGGCGGCUCUUUGCUUGACAUGGUUUGGUUGACCAUAUGACCAUUCAUCAGGUUGUCGAAGUGGAUGGACUUGAUUUGUGAAGAUGUAACUUUGUUUGCCAUGCGAGUUUUUGUUCCUCUAAAGAGGAGGUAUAGAAGUUUUUGUAUUAGCAGCGCAGAUUGCAGAGACCUGGAAUGGGCAUUCAUUUGUGCUAUGUAGAUACUAUGUAUACCAGUGCUUUUGAUUGACUCUUUGUUUCAUUGGGAAGGUGCUAUUUCAGUUGAAAAAUUACAAA